AUGAGCAGUUCAUCAAUGACUUUGGAAGGUCUCCUUAUGUUCGGGAUUGGACCGUACGUCUCUUACCUGGCUCUGACUCUGUUUGGUGGUGCGAUAGCUGUCAUGUUCGCAGUGCUCUUCUACUUCGCCCCGGAGUCACCCUACUACUUCUACAAGAAAGGAAGGAAGAGAGACGCCGAAGAUGCUCUUCAAUGGUUGAAAUGCUACAGAACUCGGGAGAGGUUGGAAGAAGAACUGGCGGCGAUUGAAGAAAGUAACGUCACUUCUUAA